AUGGACGGCCUCGACGAGUUUGAAAAGUCGCUAGCGGCCGCAAAGGCCCAACGGUCCAAGGACGAGGGCCAUCGCGAGCACAAGCACAGACAUGGACACCACCGCCGCGACGAUGACAAGCACGCCGAUGGCCAUCACCACCACCGACACCACCGCGAGCACAGAGACGACAAGGAUGAUGAGCGACGCCAUAGACGGCGUCAUAGGGAUGAUGAGCAUCAUGAUGGACGGAUGCAUAAACGAUCGCGGCAGGACGACAAUGAUGACGAUGGUGAAGACAAGUCGAGACGGCACCGUCGCGACAAUAAGAAGCGAAGUCACGAUCGGUCACGCGAUCCAAAAGAGGAGUUGCCAGUUCCGGACGACGAGAAGCCCUCCACAGGAGAGAAGACUGCCAUCCUGGAGCGUGACUCGUGGAUGACGGCCCCGUCAGCACUGGAAGUGGACUACAUUCACCGAGCGCGGCCCAAGACACCGCCCAGGUCGCCGCCGCGGCCGCAGCGCGUGAUUCACGAUCGCGAGCUCAACCGGGGCGUCGACUCUGGGGCAGCCGGACAACUAACAGACGCUGCACCAUCGGUCAAUCAGCGCACGGUGGAGUACACAUUCGGCGACGCCGGAUCCUCCUGGCGCAUGACCAAGCUGCGCACCGUGUUCCGCGAAGCCGACGAGUCAGGCCGAACAGUCGAGGACGUGGCGCUAGAGCGGUUCGGCAACCUUAAGGACUUUGACGACGCGCGCGAAGAGAAAGAAGAGAUGGAGAGACGGAGGGUGUACGGGGCACACUACGACAACAAGGAGAAGCCGACGGGCGAGCUGUACCAGGAGCGCGUGCGGGCCGUGCGCAAGGUUGAGCCACAGCCAGCAGCAGAGCCGCCGACGCAGGGAACGGUGACACUCAAGCAGCCCGCGGCAAUGGAUCAGACCGCCCUGAACCGGCUGCGUGCACAGAUGAUGAAGGCUAAAAUGCGCAGGGCGCCCAACGCAUCGCAACUCGAGGAGGAAUACAACCGCGCGGCAGCCAACUUCUCCCCCGCAGUCACAGCAUCGGAACCGGGGACUGCCGUCAUCGGCGCCAUGGAGAGCCGCCAGCUAGCCGGGACGCGAGGCGAAGUCAAGGUGGUGGAGACGCGGCGCGGGCGUGAGCGUGGUAAUGUGGUUGAGAAUGACGACAUGACCAUUGACGAUAUGGUGCGCGAGGAGCGACGCACCAAGGGGUCGGGUGAGGGCAUGCGGCAGGCCGAGCGCAUUGCCCGCGACGCCAAGUACACCGACGACCUGGACUACAUGGACGACAACGCGGCCAAACUGGCACGCCGCGUGCACAAGAGCGAGGCCAACCUAAAAAACAUGGCCGUGAGCGAGUACCAGAAGCUCAACCGGGCGCUGGACCGAUGCCCUCUGUGCCACGACGACUCCACGGGCCGCCAGCCCGUCGCCCCCGUCGUCUCCCUCGCCACGCGGACGUUCCUAACCCUUCCAACCGAGCCCGAGGUCAGCCCCGGCGGCGCCGUGAUCGUCCCGUCUACCCACCGCGCCAAUCUCAUCGAGUGCGACGACGACGAGUGGGAGGAGCUGCGAAACUUCAUGAAGAGCCUGACGAGGAUGUACCACGCCCAGGGACGCGACGUCGUCUUCUACGAGAACGCCGCCAACCCGGGUCACCACCGCCACGCCGCCAUGGUGGCCGUCCCCGUCCCCUACGACGAAGGCGCCAUGGCGCCCGCUCACUUCCGCGAGGCCUUCCUUUCCUCCGACGCCGAGUGGUCCCAGCACCGUCCCGUCAUCGACACGGCAAAGGCUGCGGCUGACGGCAUGGGUCGUGCUGCUUUCCGCCGCUCAAUGCCCAAGGAAAUGCCCUACUUUCACGCUUGGUUCUCCCUUGACGGUGGACUGGGUCACAUCGUCGAGGAUGGGAACCGCUGGCCCAAGGGGGACUUGUUCGCCCGUGAGGUCGUCGGCGGCAUCGUCGGCGCUGACCCUCACAUUGUCAAGAAGCAGGGCAGGUGGUCUAGGGGGGAUAGAGACUCUGGACGUGUGCAGGCUUGGAAGAAGGAAUGGCGCAAGUUUGACUGGACAAGAGUGUUGGAGGAGGCUUAG